AGUGUGGUUAAGUGAACAAGUUGAGUUUCAUAAUUUCAAGAGACAACAUUCCAAAGGAGGAGGAGAGCUCUGCAUUCUGCUCUUGAAGACCAUCGUUGGGUUGACGUGGCCUCAACGGCUCCCUAACCCGGCUCUCCAAAAUGCCAAAGGGGUGAGGCCUAGAUACUCCACCGGUCUCUCCAUCUUCCAUCCAUUGCGUCUGCAGAAGGUGAUCUCCACCAUGUGGGACCUCCUGGUGGGACCUCUUCCUCUGCUGGCGACCGUUUCCUUCUUUCUCGAGCCAGCCUUGGCCAAGCCAUUUGUCCAUCUGGUGUACAAGCAGAACGACACCUGUAUGGAUUUUAACGCCGCCCCAGCCUGUUUCGGUCCACCCAUGCCUGUCAGCGGUCUGAAGGGUUACCUGGUUGAAACGGUGCCUGCCAAUGCUUGUCUCCCCAUAAAGGCAGCCCCGGUUUCUAACCGGACUCCUUCUGGCUUCAUCGCCCUCAUCCGCCGAUAUGACUGUUCCUUCAACCUCAAAGUUUUCCAUGCCCAAGAAGCUGGGUACCGGGCAGCUAUCAUCUACAAUUUGUGCUCUGAUUUCUUGGUGAACAUGGCAGUCAGCUUGGAAGAGAGAAGACUGACGAUCAUCAUCCCGUCGUUGUUUAUCGGGCGGACAGCUUCCAAACUUUUGAGAAGGCAGGUUCAUUCAGCAAAGGAUACCCAAAUUAUGGUGGUGGUGCCCCAGAGUUAUUACAAUUCCUGCUCGGAUGAAACCUACGUGGCUCUUUGGGAAUUAGCUGUCUAUGACCUGCCGAUUUGGCCUGGUUACUGUUCUCAACAACUGUUCCUCAAAGUCCUCCAGGAGUUUGGGUUGCUGAUUAGCCUCAGCAUGGGCACCAGCUUCUUGCUGCUGGUCAGUUGGGUGAAAUGGGGCCGGCCCAACCAAGGUAUCCAAGUCAAGACCUUCAAGCAGGGCGACAGGUAUGACACCUGUGUAAUCUGCAUGGCGGAGUACGAAACAGGGGACCAGCUGAAGAUUCUUCCCUGCGCCCAUGUCUUUCACAUCACCUGUAUCAACACCUGGUUACUCAUCCAGCCCACGGUGGGGAAGACGUGUCCGAUCUGCAAACAGAAGGUCAACAGUGCAAUCUAGGGAGGUGGACGGAGAGGCGGUGGAGAAGAAACAGAGACGGCACCUCCAGAUACAGUGGGAGGAGUGGGGACAGAGA